AUGUCAACUGAACAAGUGAAUGGUAAUGAUCAGGAGGCGGUUAAUUUCCCCACCACUAUUCUAACUUCAAAAUCUCCUGAUCAAGCUUCGUUAAUUAUUCCCAAUGCACUUAAUGCGUCAUCUCAAUUGGUAGGUAAAGAUUUACUCAGUUGGUUCAAUUAUUACGCCACUAUCGUUUCCAAUUAUAACCAAGGUUUGAGACAAUUGAUUGAUCAAGGUUCUAAAAUUAGCAAACAAUCUCAUGGUGGAUUCAGUAAUUUCCCAAAAAACUGGAAUAAUUUGAUAAACUCGUUACAAUUAGAAUUCCAAGCUAAUGAAACCGUUUACAAGAAUUUGAGGUUGGAAAUUAUCAAUCCAUUAAAAGAUUUGGCUGAAACUGACGUCAAAUUGCCUGAACUUUUGAUCAAUGGUCAAGAAUUGCAAGAAAUUGCAACCAACAUGAAAAAUGGUAAACAGGAUGCGGAAAUGCAAUGGAAUUAUAAAGCUCCUCAAUCAUUCGCCAAUCUUGAAAAUUAUAAAAAGCAUGAAACUCAGUUGUUAUUUGAUAUAAUAUUAAAUUAUUUCCAAUUGCAGAAUGGGAAGAUGACAAAGAGUUUAAGUGAUAAUGAAAACUCAACCAAUUAUUUGUUGGGAAAUUUCAAAUUAAACAAUGAAAUCAAGCAGCAAUUAGACUAUUUGGUAAACGCUGAGUUUGCGCCUGCACCUGAAAAUAGAGGUUAUGUCAAUGAUCAGAUUCAACAGCAACAACAAUUGAAUAAGAAUGCCCAUCCUCAUGCUGCCCACAAAAGAUUGAGUACUUUUGGUAGAACCACGAGUAAUGCUGAUACUGUUGCUUCUGGUUCCUCAUCCUCUUCCUCAAAGAAACCUUCAAAACUUAAAUCCAGAGUGGGCUCCAUUUUUGGAAGAAAAAAGAAGAAGGAUAAGGCAGUAGCACUUGAAUCGACCAUUCCUGAGAAUUCUGCACCAUCUACCGCUCAAAGUACGCCAAGAAUUCCACAAAGUAAUGUUGUUCCUGUACCUGCUCCUGCACUUGCUCCUGCACUUGCUCCUGCUCCUCCACCUCAACCACGUCCAACUGAUCCAAUCCAAUCUAGAGAAACAGUAAAGGAACAACCGCCAUUACCAGCUGAGAAGAAAACAGUAUUACCUGAACUUCCUGAAGCAGGUCAAGUAACUACCCACUUUGAUGGAACCACUCCCGAACCUCCAGUUAGACAAAUUAACAAUAUUCCUGAGUCUCCUAAUGUUGUAGCUUAUAAAGAUACAGACGAAGAAUCCUCAUCAGAUGAAGAAGGUCCUGAACAAAUUGAUGUUAGACAAAGAUAUGAAAUUGCUGAAGGUACUCCCGUAGCUGCUUUCCCUACACCUCCACCAACUGAAGCAAUUGUAGCUGCAAGAACCAGUUCAACCCUCGACCCUGGCUCACGUGUCUACAAUAGAAUAUCAAAUGAAAUCACCUCGAUUCCAAGAUCAAGAGAAAGUUCUGGAAAGUAUAGUUUUGAAGCAGGAGAUGAAGCAAAGCCUCUCGCUGCCACUCCAAGGAUGGAAACAACUGUCUUCCCUGAAACAAAUGGAUUACCUGAACCAAACUUGGAAGAAUCUCCAAAUAGAACACAAAAUGCCCCACCUCCUCCACCUACCAGAAAGGUUGUUACGCAUCAAGAUCUUGCGGAUCCUGGAUCAGAAAAGAAGGCAAGAAUUACUUCGCAAAUGUUUCAUAAUCUUCCUGAUGCUAGAGAAUCUUUUGCUGCUCCUUCAUAUACAAGCAGCUCUAUAAGACCGUUAUCUAGUCAAAAUACUGGUCAUUCAUUGAGAAGCAAUGAAUUGUUUAAACAUCAAGACUUUGCUGAUGCUAAUACCGGAUUAAAUGCUUCAGUUGCCGAGGUUAUUAAUGCCAACUUCAAAGAUGGUAAAUUGCAAAAGUCUAAUGUUCUUGGGGAAGUCGCGUUCAAUUACAAGACUAAUGGUGAAGAAAUUCCUGAGAGUAUCUCAGUGAAAAUCCCACAUCUGUAUGAAAAAGUUAUUGUUAACAAAUCGUUUAUGGAAGAUAUUGGCGAUGGCACUUAUAAAUUACUGUCUACACCUAUCAUUUCAAAAACUUUGGGUGGUGUCAAGUAUAUGGAUAGUCUAGAUGAAUCCAAGGUUCCAGUGAUAAUCCAACAAAUUUGGAAAUUUGAACCUCAUCAAUCGAGUUUAAUGGUUAGUCUUAGAUUAAACCCAAGCAUACAAUCAAAAUUGAAAUUAGACAACCUUGUUGUUUCUGUGGCUUUGAAUACUGAUAUUGAAGCUACUUCUGCGUCUUCCAAGCCUCAAGGUGCAUUCAAUAAGGAAAAGAAUAGAAUUACAUGGAGAUUCCCGCAAGCUUUGGUGUUGGAUCCUAGCCAUAAUGAAGAAAGAUUUAUUGCAAGAUUCAUGACCAAUGGUUUAGGUUCAGAACAUGAAUCAGGUGUUCAAUUGAAAUUCCAAAUUAAAAACUAUAAAUUCAUUUCCAUCUAUGAUAAUGACGAUCCUUCACAAGAAAUUCCUACUUUUAGUAAUUUAAUUACUGGUACUUACACUGGACAUUUGUGA